UAGAAGUUUUAUUAUUUUACUUUAAUAUUAAUUAAAAUAUGCUUAAAAACAUCUGUUCAGUACAUAUAAACCUGCUUAAAAGUGCCACCGGCUUGCAGCAACAAGUGCGCACCACUUUUGUGCUGAAGCGUAAAUAUGAACCGCUAUUACACAAGACGAACGAGAAGCCCAGGCGUAUGCGUGCCAAACACUUUAUCUAUGAGUUAGUAGAGGAUACACUUGUUAAAAAGCGGCCUAACAUGGAGGUGGUGCUUAAGACCUUUGUUGAAGGUGUGGGUGAUAAGGGAGAUGUGGUUUCUCUAAAGCCGCAUUAUGUGUACAACAAUCUGCUUCUACCUGGGCUGGCUACCUACAAAACACCCGAAAACAUAGCCAAAUAUUCAAAAACCGAAGAAGAAAAAUCUGCGGUACAGCAUAGCUCAGCAUACGCUAAGCGCACGGUAAACAUGCUGCAGUCUAUUGUACUUGCUGUGGUUAUGAACAAGGAUGAGCCCUGGGUGCUAGAGCCAUGGCAUAUAAAAGCUUCAUUGCGAAAGGCUGGCUUUCAUUGCAAUGAAGAAUGUAUAACACUACCAAAGGAGCGCAUUGAAGGACCUGAUCUAAUGAAGGAAAACAAGGAGUUUUGCUGUACUAUCACAAUAAACAAGUUGGAAAAAGCCUUAUUGAAAUGUCGCAUUCAUCAUUGGAGUACCGAUCCUAGCGAAAGAUUGCCGUACGUUCUCGAGCAUUGGAAAUUACCGUCGGAACCAUUGUUGGAUGUAAGUUCGCCGGAUUCAAGCGAAUCGACAACUCAUAAGAGUGCUUAAGCAAUAUUUGGGAAAACCAAUAAAUGUUUGUUACC